AAUUAGAAAAGCAAGCAGUGAAUUUGAAACCCUUGUACUCUGCUCUUUCUCCUCCUCCCUCAGAGCAAUGGGAUGCCCGAUGCUGAAGAUCGCCUUCUUCUUCCAUCUCUUCUUCUCUUCCGCGCUCUGUAUUUCUCGAGAUUCUCAGGGAUUUGAACAAGCCUCUGGGGCCAGAACUUUGACACAAGAAAUUCCACAUAAUCAUGAAGUGCAUUGUUCUAGAGAAAGGAGUAGGGUAGCCUGGCAGAUUAUUGAAGAGUAUUUAAUGCCCUUUGUGGAUCAAGAAGAAUAUCAACUUCCAAGCAAGUGUAGGCUUCAUCCCGAUAAUGACAUGUUCCGUGAACAAGAGCAGCACAAGGUUCAUGUGGACACAAAUGAAUGGCGGUGUGGGUUCUGUAAGAAAAGCUUUCGUGCAGAGAAGUUUCUUGAUCAGCACUUUGAUAACAGACACUAUGUUUUGCUAAAUAAUACUCAUGGUCGAUGCUUGGCGGAUUUAUGUGGAGGUCUCCAUUGUGACCAGAUGAGUGAGUUCAAGAAGGCCAAGAAAUGCAAUCCCGCUGCUGUUGCAAGGAAUCGCCACCAAUGUGAGGGACUUGCUGAUAGUUGUUUUCCUGUUAGUCAAGGACAAUCCGCAAGUCAUCUUCAUGAACUGUUCCUCCGUCAAUUUUGUGAUGCUCACACAUGUAAUGGGAAGCAAAAACCUUUCUCCAGAGGCGGCAAGAAGCAGUCAAGUGUAUUUUACCUUGCAAUUUGUGUGCUGACACUGAUGUUGCUACCUGUAUUCUAUCUCUUGGUUUUCUUGCACCAAAGAGAAAUGAAGAAGGGAAUACAGGAUUUGAAACGCAUUCCAAAAGCAGGGCGCAAAACAAAACCUUCCUAGUUAGAUUGCCAUCAUCUUGAAGCAGACACUAUUUUUUUUCUGGAUGAUCCUCAAGUUUUCCUCAAGAGAAAGGUUGACAUUGAUAUAAUCUGCACAUUUAUAAGGGUUAAAGUCUGAAGUUUGUUCACUGUUCCUGCACUCUUGACCUUUCAAUUACUUGGAGGACAUCAUCAGCUUUACAAGAAUGUAGACAAUCAAAAAGAAUAUCCUCACCCCAAACUGUACUUUAGCAUUGUACUACUCUUAUUAUUUGUGAUAUUAUAAUUAUUCUGGGAUUAGUGUUUGGAAAAUAAUGGUCAAAUAAACUUUGAAGUGUUUACUAAGGAGUAUUUGUGAGAUA